AUGAUGAUGGUUAGCCUUGUUGAGUUCAAAACUGUGGAGUCCUUAAGCCUAACCCUCAAGAACGCACUCUCUAGAUUGAUUGAACAAUGCAAGAACCUGAAAGAGCUCAAAAAAAUUCAUACCCAGAUCUUGAAGUCCCCAACUUUACACACAGGUGACCAAUAUUAUCUCACUACCCGUCUCCUAUUCUUUUGCUCUUUUUCGAAUUAUGGUUCUUUCAGUUACGCCGCCAAUGUCUUUCACAUGAUCCAGAACCCUGAUCUUCGCGUCUACAACAUCAUGAUCAGAGCAUACACAAGCGUGGAGGGAGGUGAUGACACUCAUUAUUGCAAGGCUUUGAUGCUGUAUAAACAAAUGUUUUCCAAAGAUAUUAUGCCCAAUUGCCUCACUUUCCCAUUCCUUUUAAAGGGUUGCACUAGGUGGCUGGAUGGUGCUACUGGCCAAGUAAUUCAUGCCCAAGUGAUAAAGUUUGGAUAUUUGAAGGAUGUUUUUGUUGGCAAUUCUUUGAUCAGCUUGUACAUGGCUUAUGGGUUGUUGAACAACGCCACCAACAUGUUUGAUGAAAUGUUGGUUACAGACGUUGUCACUUGGAACUCAAUGGUUAUUGGGUGUUUGAGAAAUGGAAGACUUGACAUGGCAAUGGACUUGUUUAGGAAGAUGAAUGGGAGGAAUAUCAUCACUUGGAAUUCCAUUAUUACAGGGUUGGCUCAGGGAGGGAGGGCAAAGGAGUCACUUGAGCUUUUCCAUGAAAUGCAGCUUCUGGGUGGUGAUAUGGUUAAACCUGAUAAGAUUACAAUAGCUAGUGCCCUUUCAGCUUGUGCUCAACUUGGUGCCAUAGACCAUGGGAUAUGGGUGCAUGGUUAUCUGAGAAGAAACGGCAUAGAAUGUGAUGCGGUAAUUGGAACAGCACUUGUCAAUAUGUUUGGCAAGUGUGGGGAUGUGCAGAAAGCAUUUGAAAUCUUCAAAGAGAUACCUGAGAAGGAUGCUUCGGCAUGGACAGCAAUGAUUUCGGUGUUUGCUGUUCAUGGAUUAGGUUGGAAGGCUUUUGAUUGCUUUUUAGAGAUGGAAAGAGCUGGAGUAAAGCCAAACCAUGUGACAUUUGUUGGAUUACUGUCAGCUUGUGCUCAUUCUGGUUUGGUAGAACAGGGUCGCUGGUGCUUUGAGGUAAUGAAACGUGUUUACUCAAUUGAACCACAAGUUUAUCACUAUGCUUGCAUGGUUGAUAUUCUUAGUCGAGCCAGGUUGUUUGAUGAGUCAGAGAUUCUCAUAAGAAGCAUGCCGAUGAAGCCGGAUGUUUAUGUCUGGGGUGCAUUACUUGGAGGUUGUCAAAUGCAUGGGAAUGUAGAAUUAGGAGAAAAGGUAGCUCUUCAUUUGAUAGACUUGGAACCACAUAAUCAUGCUUUCUAUGUUAACUUGUGUGAUAUAUAUGCCAAAGCUGGCAGCUUUGGUGCUGCCAAAAGAAUUAGGAAUUUUAUGAAAGAAAGAGACAUAGAAAAGAAAAUCCCGGGUUGUAGCAUGAUUGAAAUCAAUGGAGAAGUUCAAGAAUUCUCAGCUGGAGUAUCUUCUGAAUUUCCCAUGAAAGAACUAGUGCUGGUCUUAAAUAGAUUAAGUAAUGAGAUGAAAAUAUGA